CAGGUUCUACUUGAACGGCAUGACCUUUGCCUUCGCUUAGGAGGGUGAGAAGCAACCAAGUAUGGCUUCAAGGGCGAUCGUCAGGAGAAGGAAGCAUCUUUUGGAUCAUGUUGACAGACCUAUCCUGUCAUCCUCUUUCCCUACCUUCCAGCAUGGGACUUUUGGUUUCGAGGUUCAGCCAAGAAUAGCACAGCAUUUUCUUCAGAAAAGCCCAGGGGACUCCAAAUGUGAGAAGGAGAAGGAGCAGUAUAGUGUGAAUUUGACAAAGGGGAUUCUGCCAGGCCUUGGUAAUGGGUUUCCUCAUCGUCCAGCUCACGUGAUUUCUCAUUAUGGUUACGGAAUUGGAAGGAAUGAGUUUGCGUUGCCUUUCGGAGCUAGAGGUUUGUUGCAGUCGGUCCGCAGAGCAUCAACUGCAACUGCUGGGCAACCUAAGUUGGAUGUUGAAGAAGAACAGAGUGAGGAUCAGAAGCUGAGUAAAAGGAAAAAAGAGGCAUCCCCAGAAGAAUGUGAUCAGGCUGUGGAAGGCCUAAGCACUGCAAAAGCUAAAGCCAAAGCCAAACAGUUGCAAGAAUCUCUGAAGUCUAGCCAAUCAAUCGUGCAAAAAUUCUGGGCAAGGCUUCUGGGUAUUGGCCCUGCUCUCCGAGCUGUUGCCUCGAUGAGUAGAGCUGACUGGGCUGUAAAGCUGAAGCAUUGGAAGGAUGAAUUUAUUUCUACACUGCAGCAUUACUGGUUAGGAACAAAGCUACUCUGGGCAGAUGUUAGGAUUUCUUCAAGAUUGCUGGUGAAACUUGCUGGUGGAAAAAGCCUCUCAAGGAGAGAGAGGCAACAACUUACCCGCACAACAGCAGAUAUCUUCAGGCUGGUACCUGUUGCCGUGUUCAUCGUUGUUCCAUUCAUGGAAUUCUUACUACCGGUGUUUCUCAAGUUGUUCCCAAAUAUGCUGCCAUCCACUUUCCAAGACAAGAUGAAAGAAGAGGAAGCAUUGAAAAGGAAACUGAAAGCAAGGAUAGAGUAUGCGAAGUUUUUGCAAGAUACUGCAAAAGAAAUGGCAAAGGAAGUUCAAACAUCACGUAGUGGAGAAACAAAACAGACAGCUGAAGAUCUGGAUGAAUUUUUAAACAAGGUUAGGAAAGGCGAACGUGUAUCCAAUGACGAAAUCUUGAACUUCGCGAAGCUGUUUAAUGAUGAACUGACUUUGGAUAACAUGAGCAGACCGCGCUUGGUAAAUAUGUGCAAGUAUAUGGGUGUUCGACCUUUUGGUACUGACCAUUACUUGAGGUUCAUGCUUCGCAAGAAACUGCGCGACAUUAAGAAUGACGAUAAGAUGAUUCAAGCUGAGGGGGUAGAGUCUCUUUCUGAAGAGGAGCUCCGACUAGCCUGCCGUGAACGUGGUCACCUAGGCCUGCUGUCAACUGAAGAAAUGCGUCAACAGCUACGAGACUGGUUGGAUCUAUCACUCAAUCAUGCUAUGCCAUCUUCUCUUCUCAUACUUUCAAGAGCUUUUACUGUAUCUGGGAAAAUGAAACCUGAGGAGGCUGUUGUAGCAACAUUGUCUUCUCUACCAGAUGAAGUUGUGGAUACAAUUGGGACAGUAUUGCCAUCUGAAGAUUCAGUUUCUGAGAGGAAGAGAAAACUAGAGUUCCUUGAGAUGCAGGAAGAACUUAUCAAGGAGGAAGAGAAGAAGAAAGAGAAAGAAGAAAAAGCAAAGCAACAGAGGGAAGAAAAGGCAAAGCUCAAAGAACAGGAGGCUGCUGAAGAAGAUUUGGCUUUAAAGGAAAUGACUGAGCCUACUGCCAGGGAAGAAGAAGAGCUGAGAGAAGGAAAACAUGACAAGGAACAGCUCUGUAAUAUCAGUCGAGCAUUAGCUGUGCUAGCAUCUGCAUCGUCUGUUAGCAAGGAGCGUCAAGAGUUCUUGAGCCUUGUCAACAAGGAGAUAGGACUGUAUAACUCCAUGCUUGAAAAAGAAGGCACAGAGGGUGAAGAAGAAGCUAAGAAGGCAUACAUGGCUGCUAGAGAGGAGUCAGGUGACGCUGAUGAGGAUGCAGCUGAAGAAAAGGUCUCGUCAGCACUGAUUGAGAAGGUUGAUGCUAUGCUUCAGGAGUUAGAAAAGGAGAUUGAUGAUGUGGAUGCACAAAUUGGAAACCGCUGGCAACUGCUUGAUAGGGAUCAUGAUGGCAAGGUGACUCCUGAGGAGGUAGCAGUGGCGGCGGCUUAUCUCAAGGAUACAAUAGGGAAGGAAGGCGUCCAAGAGCUUAUCAGCAACCUGUCCAAAGACAAAGAUGGAAAGAUCCGUGUGGAAGACAUAGUGAAGCUGGCUUCUCAGUCAGAGGAAAACAAUGAAGACCAAGAAGAAGAAUCACGGCAGCAGCAGCAGUAGUAGUAGUAGUAGUAGGAAAUGCAUUCGGAAAACAUGUUCCUGCUUGAGAUGGACGACCUAUUAUUUCAGUUCUCAGGGAGAACCGUUCCGAGUAUCUCACACCCACUUCAUGGCAGUGCCUUGUGUAGAUCAAAAGGCGGGACAGCCAUUUUUUGCGCCACUGUGGUCUGACUUCCAUAUAACGAUCCGUGAUUGCCAAAGAGAACUUGCUGUAAGGAUGAUGGCAUUCAUGUAGUUAGGUUUUAGUGCUGUGGAUUGGCUGGUAAAUGGCAACCAUGAUUUCAACAGGUUGCUAAGAAGUGGAAGUACAGUUGGGUUGGAUUUUGCACACUA